AUGGAUGAGAGUAUGGGGGCUAUCACUAUCUUAGGAGUGGAUCAGAGUUUGAGGGAUGCUGCUCAGCAAGGAAACAUUGAUGCCCUGUAUGCAUUCAUACGGAGCGAUGCAAAAGUUUUGGAUAGGAUAGACGAGAUUCCAUUUGUUGAGACUCCUUUGCACACAGCUGCAUCCGCAGGGCAAAUCCAAUUUGCCAUGGAAAUCAUGACCUUAAAGCCAUCAUUUGCUAAGAAGCUUAACGAAGAUGGGUUCAGCCCCGUUCACGUUGCUUUGCAAAAUAACCGAACCGAAGUGGCGCUCCGGCUUGUUUAUGUUGAUGAAGACCUUGUUCGUGUCAAAGGAAAGGAGGGUUUGACACCUUUGCAUUGCAUAGCUCAAAUAGGAAACCUCGAUGAUGUUUUGGUCGAAUUUCUAAAAGCUUGUCCCAAAUCUAUUGAAGAUGUAACAAAUCGAGGAGAGACUGUCCUGCAUAUUGCCUUAAAAAGCAAUAUGUUCGAUGUUGUUCGGGUCUUACUAGGAUGGCUUCGGCGGGCCUGGUUUAGAAAUGCCUCACGGUGGGAGACUAAGUUGCUGAACUGGAAAGAUGAUGAAGGCAACACUGUUUUGCACAUUGCAGUAUCCAAAAAUCAAACCAAGGUGGUUCUUUUGGCGGUAUACAAUUGAUAUAAACGCCAAGAAUUCAUGGGGUUGUACA